GGAGGUAUCCCGGCGGGCUGCGCGUGCGGCCGCGUUUGAAUGGCCCUGAGUGGGCUCGGCCGGGGAUCCGAGGGAUAGUCUGGGCGGCCGGGGCGCAGUCGGUCAGCGCCUGGGCUAGGCGGAGGCGUCGCGGUACCAUGAGGCGCCGGUAUUUAAGAGAUUAUGGCAUCUGAAACCCACAAUGUUAAAAAACGCAGCUUUUGUAAUAAUAUUGAAGAUCAUUUCAUUGAUGUUCCUAGAAAAAGGAUCUCUAAUUUCACUAAUAAGAACAUGAAGGAGGUUAAGAAAUCUCCAAAACAGUUGGCUGCUUACAUAACUAGAACAGUUGGACAAGCUGUGAAAAGCCCAGAUAAACUACGUAAGGUGAUCUAUCACAGAAAGAAAGUUCAUCAUCCUUUUCAAAAUCCUUGCCACAGAAAAAAGCAGUCCCCCAACAGCGGGGGCUGUGACAUGGCAAAUAAAGAGAAUGAGCUGGCUUGUGCAGGCCGCCUCCCUGAGCAAGUGCGGCAGGGUAGUCGACCAUAUCUGGUGAGCCCCAGUGAUUCUGGUUCUUCACAGACAGAAAGCCCAUCAUCAAAAUAUAGUGGGUUUUUUUCUGAGAUUCCUGCCUUUCAGGUUUCUCAGGACCAUGAAACAAUGACACAGGUUUUGUUCAGCAGGAAUUUGAGAUUGAAUGUAGCUUUAACUUUCUGGAGAAAGAGAAGUAUAAGUGAACUUGUAGCUUAUUUGGUGAGGAUAGAAGACCUUGGAGUUGUGGUGGAUUGCCUUCCUGUGCUCACCAAUAGUUUACAGGAGGAAAAACAAUACAUCUCACUUGGCUGCUGUGUAGACUUGUUGCCUCUAGUAAAGUCACUACUUAAAAGCAAAUUUGAAGAAUAUAUAAUAGUUGGUUUAAACUGGCUUCAAGCAGUCAUAAAAAGGUGGUGGUCAGAACUAUCAUCCAAAACAGAAAUUAUAAAUGAUGGAAAUAUUCAGAUUUUAAAACAACAAUUAAGUGGAUUGUGGGAACAGGAAAACCAUCUUACUUUGGUUCCAGGAUAUACUGGUAAUAUAGCCAAGGAUGUAGAUGCUUAUUUAUUACAGUUGCAUUGAGAGACUUCAUCUACUAAAUAGCAUUUGGUUAUUCAAAACAUCCCUGGACUAUAUGAUUUCCCAAAAAAAUGUCUCAACUGAGAACUGUGAACUGUGGAAGAAAUCAAAACCAUUUUUUCCUUUAAAAAGCCACAUAAUGAAACCACUAAUGAAACGCUAAGGAUCUACUUCACAUUGAAGUGGAAAAAUAUCCAAAAGGAGCAGCUUCAGCUUCAAUGAGGUGAAAGUGCACUAUGAAGAUUGUUCACCUUUGCUGCAGUUUGGGAUUUAUAUGGUUAUUUGGUAACAUUGUUUAAGAACUACUGGGUCUUAAUGCAAUCCUGCAUAAGAAUAUAAUUUAUACUAUGUGAAAAAUAAGACAGGACUUAUUACUAGGAACUAUAAAGACCAAUCAUCAUUACUUUUUUUAAGAUUGUGUUUUAUAAGAAAACACUUAAAUGUGUGCAGCUACUAUUUUCUUAUGUUGGAAAGACUUUGAAAGUUUAAACCAUCAUAGCAAAUAAUCAAUACUCAAAGUUUUUUGUUCACACUGAGAUACUGUGUAUGCAGAAUGCCUUAAUUAUUAAUAAGCCAAUGUGUAUGAUACCAAUAUCUGUUUAAGAAAAUUAAAACCAACCAUGCUUCUGGCAUGAUAAAAUCAUGGAAUUAAAUCAGGGGUUUCCAUUCAUGUAGAAUGUUGUUGUUAAAACUUAUUCCACACCAUUCUUAAAACUUGAGAAUAUUUUUAGUAUCUCUGAUUUUUUUUUUUGCCAGAAUCAUGUCAUGUGUGUACGUGUUAUUCCCAUACAUAAGAAAAAGGUGAAUAUGUAUUUGUAUGAAUGCUUAACUGGAAAUGUCCAUGGAGUUGGCUAAUUUAUAUUCACUUUUUAUUGUAUAUAGAUUUCUAAUAUUUUCAGUUCUGUAUCAUUUAAGUUUUCUUCAUCUGAGUAAAUUCACUAAAUAUUUCUAUUUUUUGCUUUUUUAAAUUCUGAUUUUAUAUGAAUUCUAAUUUUUUUCACUACAUAUGUUUAAAGAAUUGCAUACAAUGCUUUAGAAUUGUUUACACUUAGUGCUGACCUUGUAUUUUAAAUUCCAACACUUUACUACCUCCUCCAAAGGUUGGUAUGAAAUGCCAGCAGACUGUAUGAGGUCUUUUUUUUUUUAAUACCACUCUUAGUAUCAGUGAAUGUCUUAACAUUCUGGAAUGUCUUAACAGCUGUAUGCAUUAUCUUGAAAGUGGCUGGGGUUAAAUGCCACUCUUGGCAUACAUCAUCUCAUCUUUAAUAAGCCUGAGAGGCGUCUGAGCAAAAAUUCUGAGUAAUUGAAUUUCUGUGCAGUAAUCCUUCAAGCACUUGAAUGUAAAUCUUUAGCAUUUAUCCAAUUAGCCACUACUGAUAUGAAUCCAAAACAAGCAUCUUUCUUGCUUUAAAAAAUGUUAUUUUUUCACUGAGUUCUAUUUUUGUGUAGCUAUAUUUUAUAUAGCUAUUUAUUCCUUACAGUGAACAUCAAUUGUAGUAACUGGUUAUUCUCUAAAGUUUUUAGAUUAGAAUAAUUUCAGAUUACUGCACUUCUGAGUUUUGAGAGUUGAGUUAUUUAAGAAGUCAUUUUUCAGCAGAUGGGAAUUUGAAUUGUAAACCUGCGUCAUCUCUGUGAAACCUUAAGAUCAUGAAAUACAACCCUUCUUUGUUCCUAUUCCUUUUAGUUUGCACUCUCUUAUCUAACAGUUUCAACCAGUCAGCGCAGUUGGUGCAUGGUGCUAAUGAGGCUAAGGACAAGAGUUCAGUCCUUUUAGGUGUUUGUUAACUGUACACACAUACACAGAACUAUUCAUGGCUACAGAUUGCACCUUCUCUUAGGUGUCCAUCUCACAGAUUCACUCUUGGUCACAAGGAAGAUGGUGUGUAUAGCAUAACACAAACCCUUCACCUCAAAUGGAAAGAUAACUCAAAUAAUUGGCACAUGGGAUACUAUAGACUUUAAUCUAAUAUUUAAAAUAAUAUUAAAAAUAAUGUAAUAUCUAAAAUUCUGUGUCAAUAUAGUUUUCUCUGGGUAAGAUCAAUGACUAAACAUUGUCCUCUGAAAAUCAAACUUAAUCAAACUUCAGUAAAAAUUAGGUACAAAUACAAAUGAAACAUAUUUUUUAAAAAAAGGUAUUAUCCUGUUAAUGCUGAGUUUGGGUUUGUUAAAGAAGAGUAGAUAAUACUUCAUUUUUACAUACUCAGAGCCACAUAAGGCAGCAGUCUUUAUUUAGCUCACAAAUAUUAUUCAGUGGCACACACUCCCAAUUUCUGUUCUUGGCCUUUGCAGUUUACCUUAGCACCUACCUCUCUCAGUUACUGAGUUAUGAUUAGUAUUAGGUGAUUUUAAGAUUCUUGGAUAAAAGAUGUUGGAUAAGUAAAUAUUGUUGAACUCUUAAGUUGUUAUCAAGCCCUUCUCAUGCUGUUUAAUUAGAACAGUGUUGAUCUCCAGAAAGAGCCAAAGAAAGUGUUUACAAAGUAUUUUGGCUGUUGUAUUGACCUAGAUUAGGACAAUUGCUGUCUGUCAUCGCUCUUUUGUUGCUGUGUUGCUAAGCAGUAUAACUGAAGGACUACCCAAGGUCUCUAUGCCUUUCUACCUCUUCUACCUUCUUCAGUUUUCUGUUCGUGACUUUCUAACUUUGCAAGUCCAGGGACAGGUAGUUUUUUGAGAUGGUAGAGGGUUAUAAUCAAGUAAUUUGCUUCUUCUAGGGAUAAAGUAAAUGGUUUUAUAAUGAGUGUUCAGAAUAAAAGUUAAAAGUUAGGAGGCAAGCCUUAUCAGAUGGUUUUUAAAACUAAUCUUUUGGCAGUAAUUUCAAAAGUAAUUGACAUACAUUAUUUACAUGAAUCCUGAGGUGUGAGAAUUUGGAUAUAAAUAUCUAUAUCUACUUUGAGGGAUCAUUAAUAUCAGCACGAACUCUAAGGGCUACUGAGGAAGUAAAUCCUAAUGCCCCUAAACAUACUUGGUACAUGUCAUGUCCUAACCUUAAAAAUGCUUGUGUGGGUUCAAAGCUAUAUAUCUGGACUUUGAAAUAGUUUUCUCAAAUUUAGAACAUUUCUAUAUUUGGCAAGUUGUUGAUAUAAUUACUAUCAAUGGAAAACUAAUUUGAGUAAUGAUUAUUAGCUAUUAAAUGCUGAUAAUAGAAAUUAUAUCUAAAUGUUUAUUUAGUUACUUAAGUUAGUCAAGGAGCUUGAAAAAACAAAAUUUAAAUUAAUAUUUUGGUAGGUCAUUCCCAGUUAUUUUUCUUCCUAUUUAAGAACAAAAUGGUAAUGUCAGUUGCCUUUGUUGAUUUAAAGAAAAAAAAAUAGAAUCACAAGCAGCUGACUCAACUGGAGUGAUCUAUUUGGAUGCACUACUUAUCUUUCAACACAGACUUUUAUUUUCUAGAUUAUUUUCAGAUGAAACUAGUAUUGCUGGACAUUUGUUGGUAGGUAUUUACUCCUAUGUUAUUCUUUCUCCCUUAAUUUUUAAUUCUUCUAGCUAUGGAAAUUGUCAUAGAACUUUGUGACACACUAUUCCCCCCUCCUUUUUCAUUCUGUAACAGGCACAUAGAAUAAAAAGUUCAUCCUUAAACACUGUAUGGUUCUAAUUUGUAAUAUAGCUUGAUUGAUUCAGUAACAGCACCAAGUAUAACAAUAAAAAUAAAUACUGCAUAUCGUAAACCCAGUAUACUGAGUACAUUUUCCAGUGCUGUACUUAAUAUAUAGAAUAUUGUAGUCAUCAUAAUUUUCUCUGGGUCAGAUCAUUGACUUAACAGUAAAUGCUAAAAUCAAACUUCAGUAAAAAUUAAGUACAAAUACAAAUAUAUACCACAGUAUUUUCUCUUAUAGACUAUAAUUAAUCAUAAAACAUGAAAAGACAUAGUUACUGUGUACCAGUAGUUCUAUGAAAGGGCAGCCCCACAGCUGCCAGUAUUUUUUAUAGCAAUGCUUAUUAUAUAUUCUUUGAUAUACAGAAUUACUAUUCUCUGAACUAUGAAGAAGUUUUCUGUUGGUAGAUGCCAUGAGUCUAGAUAAGGAGUCAGCCCCCAAAUGUACUUUGUGUUCAAGUUCUAUGCUUUACAGUAUUCUGUAUUUUCAUUCAGAUUUAAACCAGGAUUUUUUUUUUUUUAAAGGUCCUGGACCUGGCCAAGACUGUUGUGAAACUAUGGAUUUAUACAAAAGCUCAGAAGAGUUGAUCCAACUAGAGUGAGAGUCCUGGGAUACACUGAAUUGCUACAAUUACUAGCCUCUAGAAUUACUGUAUUGCAUUUAUUAACCAAACUUGCAACAUGGGGCCUGGAUUGGAAUUAGACUUCACUUUCCAGAAGUCUGGAGCAGAAUUUGCAUCCAUUUACUUUUCUACUUUCAUUUGAAAAAGAAAGUGAGGGGGAGGAGGAGAAAGAGAGAGAGAGAGAAAUGUAAAAACUUCAUUAGACCUCUGCAUGAAUUAGUUGAACGGGUGAAUGAGGACCUGCGUCACCUCUCAUUUGCCCUGCAGUAACCCGCUGGUUCCUCUGUGUACACCUGUAGCUUAGGCCCAACGACAGCAAAAGAAAUGCAAGUUAACACCUUCCUUUUAGGUAGGUUCCAAAGCUUACAAAAGGUUUAGAAGAUGCUUAUCUUCCCCUCCUUUGCCAUCCAGAUUCCUUUCCCCUUACUUAGAAUAUAGAUGACAAGAAAUCAGUGAAGGGGAGAAACCAGUUCACUUUUCAAUCUCUUGAAGGCCCCCCCUGCCUCUCCCUUAGACAUAGGUAUUCUUCAAGGUUCUGUCUUAGGUUCUUUUCUCUUCUCCCUCUACCAUUUCCCUGAAAAAAACAUUGUUUAUUCCCAUGGCGUCCUUUAUCAUCCACAUUAAUUGUUCUCAUUUGGGGGACAGAAGGGAAGUCAUUUUUUGACUGAUCAAAUAGGCAUAUGGAUCUUUUUUUUUUUUUUAAGGUUGAGAAAACACUGAAUUGUAUGUUUUAUCAUUCUCAAAUGUAUAUCUUGCUCUAAACCCGACUCAGCGCAUACACUAUAUAUCCAGUUGCCUACUGGAAGCAUCCACUGGGAUUAUCUUGUAGACAUCCUAAAUAAAGUGUACCCAGAAUUGACCUCAUUCUCCACCUCCACUCCCUUGCCCCGAACCUGCCCCCCAACCCCCUCUCCUACCACCACCCAGGGGGAUAAAAGUGUUGUGUCUGGGUCUUGGAUUUCCAUUCUCAUUGAGUAUUCCUAAUAUCAACAAUUAUCAAGCCACAACCCCAUGAGUCAUCUUUGAAUCAUCUCCAAAUCGCUCAUCACAUCCUGUUGGUACAACCCCCUAAAUUUCUCUCAUCUUGCCGCAUCCCUCCACUUCUGCCAUUACUUAGUCUACAUUAUUCCAGCAGCCUCGGGACUGCCCUCUCUGGCAUUCAUCCUGCAUCCCUACAACCUAUUCUCCACACAUGCUCCCCCAGAAUAGUCUAUGUAGAGCACAAAUUUUACCGUGUCACUCCUUAAGGCCACUUAGGAGAGAGUCUAAACAGUAUGGUUUACAAUCUCGACAGUGCCACCUUUCUCCCUUCUCCUCCCAAUGCUCCAGCUAGAAUGAACUUGUUUCAGUUUCUGAAAAACAUUACACUUCCUCUGCAAGGGUUGUUUGCCUGAACACUCUUCUCCCAAAGUUCACCCAUUUAUCAUGUUCUUGGCCUUCAGGUCUCAGCUUAAACACAGUAUUUCUCAGAGACUUCUCUGAAGCCUCUUCAGCUACUAGAGGUCUCUGCCACAAGUCUUUCACCUCAACCCUGUUUUUAACUCUGUGUAGUGUAUUGUAAUUGUUUAUCUGUCUUCCCAGGUAGACUGAUAGCUUUAUGAGGCCAGGGUCUGUGUUCUCUGUCACAUCCCCAGUACCUAGCAUUUACCUAGCCUACCAGUAGUAGGCAUUUAAUUCUUAGGAAUAAAAAUGCAAGGGUGUGGCAUCUUUGGGCAUACACUGUGUGAGGAAGUAAUUUAGUAGUCCAAAGCUAUUGUGUGGUAGCAUAGCAGCUAAAAAUGAGUAGUUAUAGAAUCAAAAUAUCCAAUUUUCUUCUCUCGCUUUUUUGUUUUAUGAAAUUGGUUUAUAAAUGUUCAUGCUGCAACAAAAUACAGCCUUAGCUAAAAUGUGUUUGAUUCUUAAAAGAUGUUAUAUUUAUUUCUCUAUGGUAUGGUUUUACACUCCACACAAGACCCAUGCAAGUAAGGACCAUCUAUAAAGUUCAAAAUUAAGGUAUUUUCAUGUAAUGUGUAAAAUACAUAAAUUUUCUUGGAAUUGA